GGACAAAAUCGUGGAUCCAUCUCAGCCCACCAUUUCCUAUCUCUCUCUCUUGACCUAUAAAAUUAGGGUUUCAUCCCUUUCUUCUUCUUUCUCUCUGUUGCCGAAGCUCCGAUCAUGCUCCUGCACUUCGUUUGAGAUCCAUCUCGCUGUUCACGAACUUUUCAGUUUUCAGUUUCUUUUUCUCUGAUCUGAGCGGUAUACGUUGUUUCUUCACUCUUGACAAUGUCCUGUUCUUAUCUACGCCCUGAUCCGCACUCUAGAAUGCAUUCUAUACACGACGAAGAUGUUCUUGGCCAGAGCUAUAGCCGUUGUAGCUACUCUGAGGAUUACUUUGAUCUUCUUCCUGACCCCCUGCUGCUGCUGAUUUUCAAUAGGAUCGGUGACGUUAAGGCCCUUGGACGUUGCCGUGCAGUUUCUCGAAGAUUUCACUCGAUCGUCUCUCAGGUUGAUAACGUUGUUGUUCGAGUUGACUGUGUGAUUUCUGAUGAUGAUUUCUCGUCCGGCUCUUCGUCUGCUGAGAAGUCUCGAAGUGCUUUUUCGAACCUGUUUCGUAUGGUUCUUGGAGGCAUUGUCAAGCCGCUUCAGGCUAUAGGUCAGUUUUUGGGUCCGAAACGGGUGAGUUCCUCUGUGUUGAGUUCUGUUUCGUCGUCUUUGUCAACUUCUUCGCUUGCGGUUGGGAGGGAAGAGGAUGGGGAGGGUGGUCAAAGUGGUGUUACCCAUCACUCGCCUACACAGGUUCUAAAGAAUUUUAACGAGAUUCGGCUCCUUCGGAUCGAGCUUCCUAGCGGCGAAUUGGGUAUUGACGACGGGAUAUUGUUGAAAUGGCGAGCUGAUUUUGGAUCAACUUUGGAUAAUUGUGUGAUCCUGGGUGCCGCGUCGGUGAUUCACACUGGAUCCUUCAAUAAGCACGUUCAAGAGAAUGGAACUGAUGGGUUCUGCUCUGGAAAUGGUGCAGCUGCCGACGACAGCGGGAGUAUACCCGAAUCGUUUUAUACUAAUGGAGGGCUAAAAUUAAGAGUGGUUUGGACGAUUAGCUCUCUAAUUGCGGCUUCGGCGAGGCAUUAUUUACUGCAGCCGAUUAUUGCAGAACAUAAAACUCUGGAUAAUUUAGUUUUGACUGAUGCAGAUGGACAGGGCAUGUUGUGUAUGAACAAGGAUCAGCUUGAGGAGUUGAGAGUAAAGCCCUUAUCGGCUUCAACCGCUUCGAAGAGGACGCUUGUCCCUGCUCUGAAUAUGAGGCUCUGGUAUGCACCUCACUUGGAAUUACCUGGUGGGACUAUUCUGAAGGGGGCUACACUUGUUGCGAUACGUCCAAGUGAGCAGUCAAUGACAAAGAAAGAUGCCUCUGAUGGAUCAUGGCUUUCAAAUGCUUUUGAGGAACCUUAUGGAACCGCAGCAAAGAUACUGGUCAAGAGGAGAACUUACUGUCUUGAAAUGAAUUCUUUCUGAUAACUUCAACUGGAUCUGAGAUAAAGGGGAAGAUUGAUAGUGGGGGGAGUGCAUGUUUUGGAAAGUAGGAUUGGCGGAAACACCUUGUUUCAUGGAUCACCAAAGUGCCCAUGUAUGAGGAAGCCUAAUCGCAAUGCAGCAUUCUCAGCAGCUAAUUCAUGGUUGAUUUUAAGAUUGGAAGGAAUUAGAGUGA